AUGGCGCAAGUCCCCCGCAACUUUCGCCUGCUCGAGGAGCUCGAGAAAGGCGAGAAAGGCCUCGGAAAUGGCUCGUGCUCGUACGGCCUGGACGAGAACGACGACAUUUUAAUGUCCAAGUGGAAUGCGACGAUUCUUGGCCCGAGCAACUCGGUGCACCAAAACCGGAUCUAUUCGCUGCGCCUCCUCUGUGGCGAGCGCUACCCCGAUCAGCCGCCCGAGGUGUGGUUCGAGACAAAGAUCAACCUGCCGUGCGUCCGCCAGGCGGACGGCAAGGUCGACCCGUCGCAGUUUGCGCCGCUCGCACGCUGGCGCCGCGACUUUACCAUGGAGAGCGUUCUGACCGAGCUGCGUCGGGAAAUGGCGCUGCCCAACAACCGCAAGCUGCCGCAGCCGCCCGAGGGAUCUACGUAUACAUAG